AUGGCGGCCGGCUCGGAUGCUGCGGCCCUGGACACCCUCCACAUCCGUCUUGGACUCGACCACGACCCGCAUCGCAUGGCUACGGAGACUGUGGCUGCCAUGACUGAUCACGCACAAACUGUGCAGAAGAUCCCUACCCCUUCCACCCUGGCUGAAGGGCACGGUCGGCAAGACAAUUGGGCGAGGCUACACUUGCACGGUGUCAAGGCAGAGCAUGAGGCGGACUUUCGCAAAGAACUGCGUCGCAUCACGAGGCUCCCGCCCCUCUCCGUGAUCAACACCAUCUAUGCGGCGGCCUGCGGCGUGCAAACGGGGAACUCAGGGCCGACGCCGCCACCUUCACCAGAUCAGGACAAGUUCGGCAAUAACAAUGGCUCCCUGGUCCCUGAACAGGCCGAUCCGGCAGAUGCCUUUUCAGGACUUGGAUCAUGGGACAAAUCAGCUGUCUGGGCCAAGUUCUACCUGUCUGCCGAAUUGCGAACUUGUGGCCGCCACCUCAGGUACGUCUAUCAGGAAGUCUUCCCUUGGGAGUCUUACCCCAACCUCGACUCCAGCCUCGGUGGCUACCUAGUGAUGGACAAGCAUCCUCCUCCUCCUCCUCCUCCUCCUCCUCCGACGCAGCCUUCGGAGCAAAAAGAGGACGCGGUGUCACUGACAACCCCAGACUCGAAGUGUGGGAGCACGGCUCACACUCUGCAAGAGAAGGCGCCACCCUCGACGACCGCGUCACCUAUGGCACGAUCCGCCGUGGAAGACAAGGCUGUCGCCCAGGGACCAGAGACAUCACAACCGGAGUCUCAUGGCGAACCAGCCCAGCUCCCACACAUUUGGGGUGAGACACCAACCAGCCCCGCCACAAAUCAGGCAUUGACCUCCUCGGCACAGACCCAGCCCCCGCCCGCUCAGAGCCAGGGCGCCCCGCCGGUGCCUCCUCCAAUGGCUCACGGCAGUGAUCAGGAGAGGCCCGCCUUUGAAUUAUAG